GACUAAGAUUGUAGCCAGGUACUCUAAAUUCCAGUACAGUUACUGUGAAAGUGGAAGUUUAGUCACUCAGUCGUGUCUGACUCUUUGCAACCCUAUGGUGGGCAAUCCUUAGCCCUCCAGGCUCCUCUGUCCAUGGAAUUCUCCAGGCAAGAAUACUGGCGAGAGUUGCCAUUCCCUUCUCCAGGGGAUACAGAUUACUAACCUUCUCAACAAAGAGCUUGUCCUGGAUUGUUCUGAAUUAUCAGAACCAAAGCAACUUCAAUUCAUCAAGUCCGAUUACUCAACCCUACACUUUUCUGCAGAUGCCAUUUAUUUAGCAAGAGGAUGCUGUAGAUAAGGCAAUAUUUUUUUUUUCUACACAAAAUGUAUGUUAUCUUUUUGCUCUAUUUGAAGGGGUAUUAUGAUAAACCAUGCUACUAUUUAAAACUUGUAAAGUUUCUUGAGAUUCCCAGAAGAAAUACAAGUUAUGGGUUACAAAAGAGCAAUUUAUCUCUUGCAAUAGAAUUUUCUGUUUAAUUUGAAAGGCUAAUAACUUCAAAAGAACAUUCUCUUAGGUGGGACAGUCAUCAUCAUAUUCCCAGCUGCUGUGUAUAUACCUUCUCUUAGAAGUGAAAAAGGAGAAAGCCAUUCUGCUGUGUGGAAGUGCUUUGUGUAUUUUAUAACAUCCAAAUAAAAUGCUCAGUGGUUGGAGGAGAAUCUUCUGUAUUUAGGACAAAUAGGUUCUCUGUUAGCCCAGAAGAAGCCUGAAGAUGUGAUUUUCAAGGGUCUUUGUGCUGUGGAAGAAAAUGGAAUCAUUAUUUUUGAACUCUUCCUGCUCACGUCAGUGACUCCCACCUGCAACUGAUCCACUGGUUAUAAGUAGCCAUGAAUCGCCUUGCAGAUUGCAGGCAGUGUAACCAACCAGGGCCAGGCAAAACCGAACUCCUGGUAAGCUUUAUUAGCUCUUUCUGUUGAGUUUUGUUUCCAUUUUACACCUUGGGGUGGGAGACAAUCUCUACUAACACUGGUGUGGUGUGUCUUUCUCCGACCUGUGUGGAAGGUGUACAUUUUUUUUUUUCUUCUCUUCGAGUCUGCUGUCUUAACACUUAAAGUAAAUUAAGAUGGGUUGUUGUUUGCUUUGGGUUCUGCUGUUGUUGUUAUUAAGAAAUACACUUUCUCUGGGACAAGGGCUUUUUUUCAGUUGAAAAGGCAUACUCACUUUCUAGGCUGUAUUCAUAAUUGCUUUGUUUGUCACUGGAUAACCUCAUUCUCAUAGACUCCUUUAAGCUAAUCAGCUGGCUCUGGGGGGACCUCAUUAGCAAAUGAAGAGGAAAAAAAGAAGACUGCAAAAUUCAGCUUCCCUCCACCAUGCCCAAAGCAUUCCUGCUGCUGGCUGGUGCCCUGGUGCUACCUGGGCUUGUGCAAGGAGCCAUGCUGAGAAAUGAGGAAAAAUGGAAGCCCCUCAACAUUCCUAGAAACCGAGAUCUGUUUUUUAGGACUCUUCAGGCAUAUUUUAAAGGAAGAGGUCUUGAUCUUGGGAGGUUUUCAGAUACUUUCUCCGUGAAUGAGAAUCCCAGGCCUCUCUCCUUGCAGUCAGAACUUAUUGCUUCUGCAUUUGCAGAUUAUGAAGAACAGAAAAACUCCCUCUCCAAUUACCUCAAAGGCUGACUGUUUCCUCUGAGUGCAGAAGUCUGGUGGUUUUAAAACUACAGAUGAAGCUUCUCACUAGAAAAAUUCAGUCUUGAUCAUAGCUAAGUUUUUGUGUGUGUUUUUCCCCCUCCACUUUUAUCAGUCUGUAAUCAUUUUAUUCUGUAUUUCCAGAUUUACAUGUAAAUAGUUUGAGCUUUGGGACAUAUGUGACUUAUGUGCAUGGUUUUUUUCCUACUCAAUAAUCAUAGAUAUCAAUAUAGCACUGCAUAUAUUUGCAAGGAUUACAAAAACACCAUAAAGUCAAAGGAAAUUAUGAUCUUAUAAAUUAGUUUCAUUUCAGCUGUGUUCUAUGUUUCUUUUUUAUCGUUGGUGUUUUUAUUUGAAAGGGACAUUGAUCAUUUUUACUUUAGUUCAUUAUCUGUAACAGGAAUUUGGGUUUAAAAUGUAUCGUUUUCCUAAACAGAAUAUACAUUCCCAUUGUCAGCAUAUGCUAUUAAAAGACCCCAUAGUCUUAGUUUCAUAUCAAGAGAGAGUAAGUAAUGAAUAUCCACAAUUAAGUUGAAAUGGAAGACAAAGAAACGUGGGAUUUUAGGAGUUGCUUGGGCCUCCGGGAGAUGUUCUCUGCCCUGAUGUUCAGAGGUGGACAUUGUGUUACAGCAGACAUCUUGGUUUAGUCGCUAAGUCGUGUCCGACUUGCAACCCCAUGGGCUGUAGCCUGCCAGGCUUCUUUGUCCAUGUGAUUCUCCAAGCAAGAAUACUGGAGUGGGUUGCCAUUUCUUUCUCCAGGGGAUCUUCCUGACCCAGGAAUUGAACCCAGAUCUCCUGCAUUGCAGGUAGAUUCUUUAUCAACUGAGCUACAAGGGAAACCCCACAGCAGAUAUCUUAGGAAACUACAGCCUCAGGAAGGGAGGGUAGAAACAGGCAGAUUUCCCUUCUUUCAUAACCAGUCCUCUUCCUCCACCCACCCCUCCCCAACUCAGGCUGAAUUAGUCUGAUUCUCAUAUUCUUAUUUGUAACAACUACUUUUGUUUAUGAAGAGCUGUAUCAUUUUUUCUGAUUUCUGCAAAAAUAAAUAAAUAAAUAAAAACACGUUGUGCUGGAAGCACACACUGUAAUCCUAAUGACAUUAGUCUGUACGUUCCAAAGUAGUUUUAUGUGGCUUUUUUGGUGGAUGAUUGAAUAUGAAUAAUAAAAUA